GUCCGUAAGCAGCCGUCUUGGAUCCACAAGAUCGCUCGCAAUCCGCUGCUGAUAUCUCUCCUCAAAUGCCUCAAGACAGACACAGAUGUUGUGGUUCUGAUAACUGGAGUCCUGGUGCUCAUCACACUAUUACCCAUGAUUCCCCAAGUUGGCAAGCAGCAUCUCUAUGAAUUUUUUGAUAUCUUUGGCCGUCUGGCUUCUUGGAACCUGAGAAACCCAGGACACGUCCCGGAGGUUUAUCUCAUCCACCUGCACGCAAGUGUCUACUCGCUCUUCCACCGGCUGUAUGGGAUGUAUCCCUGCAAUUUUGUGUCUUACUUGCGCUCCCAUUACAGCAUGAAGGAGAACGUAGACACUUUUGAGGAGGUGGUCAAGCCCAUGCUUGAACAUGUCAGAAUACAUCCCGAAUUAGUUACCGGAACCAAGGACCAUGAACUAGAUCCCAGCCGGUGGAAGAAAUUUGAAAUCCACGAUAUCGUUAUUGAGUGUGCCAAAGUCUCUCUGGACCCAAAGGAGGCGUCCUGCGAAGAGGGCUAUGCCAGCAUGCCUGAGCAUUUCUGUGCUCAUCUACAACAACGUCCGGCUGAUUGCACUGCCAGCCCUUUCGGUGACUUCCACAGUAGCUACGGUAACACUCUCAUCCU